AUGCCCCGCUGCCUGUGGCCCUCGCGGCGGAAGACUGCAGUCAUCCUGUGUCUGCUGCUGUCCAGCACCUCUCUGUCCCCCACGUCGGGGCAGGCCAUGAUUCCUCUGGAAACAGUGAAGCUGUGGGCAGACACCUUUGGCGGGAACCUGUAUGACACCGUGACCAAAUACUCAGGCUCUCUCUUGCUGCAGAAGAAAUACAAGGAUGUGGAGCCCAAUCUGAGGAUCCAGGAGGUGGAUGGCUUGGAGCUGGUGAAGAAGUUCUCGGAGGACAUGGAGACCAUGCUACGCAGGAAAGUGGAGGCUGUCAAGAAUCUGGUAGAGGCGGCUGAGGAGGCUGACCUGAACCAUGAAUUCAAUGAAUCGCUGGUGUUUGACUAUUACAACUCGGUCCUGAUCAACGAGAGGGAUGCGAGUGGCAAGUACGUGGAGCUGGGGGCUGAGUUUGUCCUGGAGCCCAACGCGCACUUCAGCAACCUGAGGGUGAACACGUCCCUCAGCAGUGUGCAGCUGCCCACCAACGUGUACAACAAAGACCCAGAUAUUUUAAAUGGAGUCUACAUGUCCGAAGCCUUGAACGCUGUUUUUGUGGAGAACUUCCAGAGAGACCCGACACUGACCUGGCAAUAUUUUGGCAGCUCAACUGGAUUCUUUAGGAUCUAUCCAGGCAUCAAAUGGACACCUGACGAGAAUGGAGUCAUCACCUUUGACUGCCGAAACCGUGGCUGGUACAUACAAGCCGCUACUUCUCCCAAGGAUGUUGUGAUUGUGGUGGACACAAGUGGCAGCAUGAAGGGGCUGCGGAUGGCUAUCGCCAAGCACACCAUCUCCACCAUCCUGGACACACUGGGAGAGAAUGACUUUGUUAAUGUCAUUGCAUACAAUGACUACAUCCAUUACAUCGAGCCUUGUUUCAAAGGGAUCCUUGUUCAGGCGGAUCGAGACAACCGCGAGCAUUUCAAACAGCUGGUGAGUGAGCUGGUGGUUAAAGGUGUGGGGGUCGUGGACCAAGCCCUGAGGGAAGCCUUCCAGAUCCUGAAGCAGUUCCAAGAGGCCAGGCAAGGAAGCCUCUGCAACCAGGCCAUCAUGCUGCUCACCGACGGGGCCGUGGAGGACUACGAGCCAGUGUUUGAGAAGUACAACCAGCUGGACCGCAAGGUUCGAGUUUUCACUUACCUGAUUGGUAGAGAAGUCACUUUUGCUGACCGCAUGAAGUGGAUCGCGUGCAACAACAAAGGCUACUACACGCAGAUUUCUACCCUGGCAGACGCCCAGGAGAACGUGAUGGAGUACCUGCACGUGCUCAGCCGCCCCAUGGUCAUCAACCAUGACCAUGACAUCAUCUGGACCGAAGCUUACAUGGACAGCAAGCUCUUCGCCUCGCAGGCACAGAGCCUGGUGCUCCUCACCACCGUGGCCAUGCCAGUCUUCAGCAGAAAGAAUGAAACGCGGUCCCAUGGCAUUCUGCUGGGGGUGGCGGGCUCUGAUGUGGCCCUGAGAGAGCUGAUGAAGCUGGCGCCCCGGUACAAGCUCGGAGUACAUGGAUAUGCCUUUUUGAACACUAACAACGGCUACAUCCUCUCACAUCCUGACCUCCGACCCCUGUACAGAGAGGGGAAGAAACUAAAACCCAAACCUAAUUACAACAGUGUGGAUCUCUCUGAAGUGGAAUGGGAGGACCGAGCUGAAAUCCUGAGAACAGCCAUGAUCAAUGGGGAAACAGGUUCUCUCUCUAUGGAUGUGAAGGUUCCGCUGGACAAAAGGAAGAGAGUCCUUUUCCUGACCAAUGACUACUUCUUCACAGACAUCAGUGACACACCUUUCAGUCUGGGCGUGGCGCUGUCCCAGGGCCACGGAGAAUACAUCCUCCUGGGGAACACAUCUGUGGAAGAAGGCCUGCACGACCUGCUGCACCCAGACCUGACCCUGGCCAGUGACUGGAUCUACUGCAUCACGGAUAUCGACCCCGACCACCGGAAGCUCAGCCAGCUGGAGGCCAUGGUCCGCUUUCUGACAGGGGAGGACCCAGACCUGGAGUGUGACGAGGAGCUGGUGCGGGAGGUACUGUUUGAUGCCGUGGUGACAGCCCCCGUGGAAGCCUACUGGACAGCGCUGGCUCUCAGUGCCUCUGAGGAGUCCGAGCGCGUGGCGGACAUGGCCUUCCUGGGCACCCGGGCCGGCCUCCUCAGAAGCAGCUUGUUCGUGGGCUCUGAGAAGGUCUCCAACAAGAAGUUCCUGACCCCUGAAGACAAGGCCAGCGUGUUCACCAUGGACCACUUCCCCCUGUGGUACCGCCAGGCCGCUGAGCAGCCUGCUGGCAGCUUUGUCUUCAAUCUCCGUGCCCCAGAGGGGCCAGAAGGUCCAGGGGAGCCUGUGGUAGUCACAGCGAGCACAGCUGUAGCCGUGACCGUGGACAAGAAGACAGCCAUUGCUGCAGCGGUGGGCAUCCAAAUGAGGCUGGACUUCCUGCAGCGCACGUUCUGGGCGGCCACGCAGCAGUGCAGUGCGGGGGAUGGGCCGUGCCCAAAGAGCUGCCAGGACAGUGACCUGGACUGCUUCAUCGUGGACAACAACGGGUUCAUUCUGAUCUCAGAGCGAUCCCAGGAGGUGGGAAGAUUUCUCGGGGAGGUGGACGGUGCUCUCCUGACCCAGCUGCUCAGCAUGGGGGUGUUCAGCCAAGUGACCAUGUAUGACUACCAGGCCAUGUGCAAACCCCCGAGUCACCACCACAGCGCCGCCCGGCCCCUGGUCAGCCCUAUCUCAGCCCUCCUGACUGCGACCAGAUGGCUGGUGCAUGAGCUCUUGCUGUUCCUGCUGGAGUGGAGUGCCUGGGGCUCCCGGAGAGCCGACCGCGGGGCCGAGGCCAAAGCUGUCUUCCAUCACUCCCACAAGCACAGGAAGCAGGACAUGCUGCAGCCCUGCGACGCGGAGUACCCCGUGUUUGUGCACCAGAGGGCCAUCCAGGAGGUCAACGGGAUCAUCGAUUGUGGGGCCUGCCAGAAGGUAUUUGUGAUGCAACAGAUUCCCAAUAGUAACCUUCUCCUCCUGGUGACAGACUCCACCUGUGACUGUAGCAUCUUCCCACCAGUCCUUCAGGAGGCUACAGAAGUCAAAUAUAAUGCCUCUAUCAAGUGUGACAGGAUGCGCUCCCAGAAGCUCCGCCGACGACCGGAUUCCUGUCAUGCCUUCCACCCAGAGGAGAACGCCCAGGACUGUGGCGGCACCUCGGAAACCUGUGCCUCGCUCCCCCUGCUCCUGCUGCCUCUGUGUGCCUGGCUGCUGCCACCCCAGCUGCUGCGGUGA